UACGAAUUUUAAGAAUAUGGCAACCAAACAACUCCCCACCAUUUUCUUACUCUUUCUCGCAGCAGCUGUUGUUUGCAUUGUGAAUGGCCAGUCUGCUACUAACGUGCGCGCAACAUAUCAUAUCUAUAAUCCCGCUAAAAUUGGAUGGAACUUGAACAAAGCUAGCGCUUAUUGUUCCACUUGGGAUGCGAAUAAGCCCCUUGCAUGCCGUAAAAAGUAUGGCUGGACCGCCUUUUGUGGGCCGGCUGGACCUCGUGGUCAAGCAUCUUGUGGCAAGUGCUUGAGGGUGUACAAUAGAAGUACAGGCGCUAAAAUAAUUGUCCGUAUUGUUGAUCAGUGCAGCAACGGAGGGUUGGAUUUGGACUACAACACUGUUUUUAAGAAGAUUGAUACCAAUGGAAAAGGUUAUAGAGAUGGUCACAUGUUUGUCAAUUACAGGUUUGUCAAGUGUUAAAUGUAGAGAUUGGUUGAUCAACUUGCAAAUAAUCCAUCGAAUCCGUAUAUGAACGUAUCGUUAUAUUUUAUUUUAUUUUGAAGCAUAGUAUCGUUAUAUAUGUACGAGACAUCUCAGACUACUUCAUGAUGUUUAUAAGAAAUAAAUAAAUUAUGUUAUAAAA